UGCCAAUCAGUUAUCAGCCGUUCGACCAUGGGCAAGAUUUCGCUGUACGGCUUGGACGCCAGUCCCCCAACACGGGCUUGCCUGCUCACACUGAAGGCCUUGGAGCUGCCCUUUGAGUAUGUUUACGUGAAUUUGCUUACGAAAGAUAACUUCGCCGAGGACUACCUGAAGAAGAAUCCCCAGCACACGGUGCCCAUGCUGCAGGACGACGAUGCCUACCUAUGGGACUCGCAUGCCAUCAUGGCCUACCUGGUGGGAAAGUACGCGGAGACCGACGAACUCUACCCCAAGGAUCUGCUGCAGCGGGCUGUUGUCGACCAACGAAUGCACUUCGAGUCGGGGGUCAUCUUCGAGGCUGCCCUGCGUCGCCUCACCAGGCCGGUGCUCUUCUUGGGCGGCAACACCCUGCCGCAGGCCAAUGUGGACUACAUCAACGAGGUUUACGACUUCCUGGAAACGUUUCUGGAGAACGACUUCGUGGCCGGGGAUAUCAUGACUAUUGCCGACUUUAGCAUUGUGUCGAGCAUCAGCUCGCUCGGCGUCUACCUGGAGCUUGAUCCGGCGAAGUAUCCCAAGAUAGCCGCCUGGCUGGAGCGCCUCAAGGAGCUACCCUACUACGAGGAGGCUAACGGCAGUGGAGCGACCCAGUUCAUGCAGCUUAUGAAGUCCAAGAACUUCACAGUCGUGCCCUAGAAUGAAGUUCGGCGAACCCCAAGCCCGCACAGAGAGCACGCAGUAAGAGUUAAACCCGUAGUUCGAGCACU